AGUCGGUUCGGCGACGCCGGCGGCGGUCGUGUCGCUCGCGACAACAACGCACCGACGGUUGUGGUGACAGCUGUGGUGGUGGUGGGUGUGGGUGGGGCCGCGAGCGGUGAGUCCGCCUCCUUCCCGGAGUCGUGCGCAGGCGGCCGGAGGACCGGCGGGGGAAGGUCUGAACUCCGGAGUUUGGUGCAGAUUUGACAAGUUCACUCGGUGAUGUGUGAUUGGAGGACGAAGAACGGUUCGCGUACGCGUCGUUGCACAAACUGCGUUGGUCGGGGCGUGGCCCGGAGGCCGGACAAAGGCUGAAGGACUGAUCGGCGCCCAGUGUGACGGUUUUCUGGGGUCAGCGGAUCGUGACUGGAUGACGGCGACUGACAGACUGAAGGUCAGCUCAGUGUCUACGGCUCGGAGUUGGUGGCUGUCUGAGCCUCGAACGGCUAUUGUCGAAGUCGGGAGCAACAGUUAAUUGUGGGCUGCAGAACCGGCCAGGAGCACGACAGUCAAGUGGCAACUACCGUCAGAGAACCACCGCCGGAACCAAGAGAGCUCAUGUGAAGCGUCGGCUAUUGCCAGGACCAGGACUUCUGUUCAUUUGGUGUUACCGUGUGAUCUAGCAGGGGCAGCGCCGCCCAUAACUGGGUACUGUUUGACACCGGACACGAGCAGUGACGGCUAGUUACCGCAAGCAUUGUCACUUUACCGUGGAGGCGGAUAAGCUCGACCGCUGACCUGACCUUUGGAUGUCCGCCGCCGCCGAGGAUGGUGAUCUCAGCCACCUAUCACGCCACGGCGGGACUGUGAUCUGGUGAAGUCAUCACAACACCGACAGGGUGGUGGUCAAACAGAGGUCAGGCGCCAGGCAGAGGUCUCCAGAAGGUCUGACUCCAGCCGGAGGUCAUUCUGGGGUCAGCCUGUCGCCGGCUCGGCAGCCGUUGUGCGGCAGUGUUUUUCUACCACCAUGGAGGCAUCGCUGGAGGACCUUCCGACUGACGAGGCGGGGUGUGUUGAGAACGAGGAGCGGCCGGAACCCACGGAGCCGAGCCCGGAUCAGUCAGAGGCCGAGCUGAGGGGUGUGCUGCUGAAGAGACGAGCGGACGACUCUGACGAUGACCCCGGUCUGCCGCACUCUCCUUCAUCUCCGUCCACGCCGCCGGCGACGUCACGACACCAGGCAGAGCUCAAGGGUCAGAGCGGCAAGUCUGGUGGCUCGUGCAGUGACGGCUCGCUGCUCUCCAUGUACAGCAGCGGCACGUGCACAGACGACGACAUAUUCGGGCCGCUCUCCAAACACCCGUCCCGGGCGUCACUGGGCAGGGAUGCAGGUGACGGUCUGGACCUGGAGACGACGGCCGCUCUCAGUCACUCGGCCGCCAAACACCGGAUAGCCGUGCGGCCGCGGCGCACCCACGGAGCCCCCCGUCAGAGACGGUCACGAGCUCCGACUGGGCCGGCGGCGACCGGCCUGCCACCUACCGUCGAGGAGGAGAGUCCGCCGGCGACGCCCACCGCUAAAACAGCAGUUUCAUCGCCGACGCGCCCGGUCGGCAGCUCACCGCUGCGUCUGAGCCCGGAGCGGACGCGCCGCGCGCCCUCUGCCAGUCCCAGCCGCAGCCAGUCGAUACGCACCGGCUCACCAGAGGUCUCUGCUGCUGCGCCCGUGACCGUCCGACCCACCCAGGUGAAACGCUCCAAGUCGAGCGUGGCCGACGGUCGGAUCAGGGACGUGUCGCCGCGCAAGUUUUGGUCACGGGAUCCGCCCCCGUCUGCUGUUCCGACGACGACGACAACAACGACGACAGUGUUGAUGGAGGAGGAUAGGAAGACCGACAAGGCAGAGACGUUCUUUAGCCGCAUCUUCGGCUCUCGGCGUAGUGGUAGGAAGAAGAAGGAUGACCGCAGUCUGAGCCCGGAGACGGUAAUUGAGCCGGUCCCGGCUCCGGUUCCGACCCCGGCUCUGGCUCCGACCCCUGCCCCUGCCCCAGUGCCAGUACCGUCCCGUCGUCCGCCGACAGCUCGACACCGCUCCCAUUUCGGCGGCGGCGGAGAGCACCGCGGCUCGCCAGCGUCAGCAAUGCACGCGGAUAUCAUCCGGCCGCCUUCGACGAGCACGAACAGAGCCGCCGAGCUGGCCGAGCCGCGACCGGCAGAGUUUGUUCGAGCCUCUGAGCCUCCCCGGCCGGCGGAGCCGCCGUCGCGCGGGGCUGAGGUGCCGCGCGCGGUGGACCUGCUGCGAUCCGCUGAGGCUAGUCGGUCCACAGAGCCUGUAAGGCCCGUCUCCGAGAUGCCUCGGCCUACCGAGCCUGUCCGUACCGAGGUACCCCGACCUCCCGCCGACGCGCUGCGCCGCGGCCCUGCCUUCCUGGCCGAUGUGCGCGCUGAGGUGGCGGCUCUUGCGGGCGGUGACCGGGGAGACGACUCGGUCACCGUGUCACCUCAGGUGCUGCGCCGUCACCGAGCGUCCGCCGCCGCUGCCGUCGGCCGGCCGCCGGAGUCUCCUCGCGUCCGGCCGCGCCUGGUCGGCCUGACCGCCUACCAGCAGCGUCUGGCACAUAUGCAGCGCUCACCGAGCCCCGAGCCGGUGACCGGACCCGCCGCACGUCGCUCCUUUAGCUGUGAGAAUGUUGGGGAGGAGGAUGCUGGCAGCAGGGGCGGCUCGGGUAUGGCGCUGGACAGGGUGCUCGGUUUCAUCAAAUCUACCUCGGCCGCAGCGACAGCGGAGCGACAGCCGGUGAGAUCAGAGGUCGCAGAAGGUCGCGCAGGCAGUGAGGAAUCGGAGGCUGCUCCCAGCGCCCCUGUGCGGCCCGCCGGACGCAGGGAGAGCACUGGCUCACCGGGUGCCGGGCCAAAGUCGCUCGACUCGUCCCUGUUUAGUUCGACCGCCGAGCCGCCGUCAGCGGCGCCGUCUAAAGCCGUCUCUGUCGAGAGCGUACAGAGCGGCGGUCAGGAGCGGACGGCCCGCGGCGCUGCGCAGAAACCGGUGCCAGAGUUUCUGCGGGUCCAGCUGCACAAGGUGGACGGUCACCAGCGUGACUCUGCGCCGCCCGCGGUUGCCGAGCGCCGUGACUCCGGCCGUGACUCUGGCCGUAACUCGGGUCGAAACUCAGCCGAGCGCGAGUCAUCCUCGUCACCGGCUGUCAGUGAGGAGUCACCGCCCGUGUUGCGUCGGCCGGUGUCUGCCGCGCGGCAGGGCUCGCCCGAGCUGCGCCGUCGGCCGUCACAGGCGCGCUCCCGCGGCUCGGGCAGCGACGCCGAGCCGCCGGUGGUGCUGCGACCCAAGACGGCGCCGGCCUCCGAGGACUCUGAGCUACUGAAGGUGUUCAAGCGCCGCUCGCUCAAGAGCCGCGACCCUGAGGACCUACCGGCCGUGGUGGCCGCUGAGCCGGCGCCGGCAGCGAGUCGCGCAGGGGACGGCGAACAGAAGACCUCCCGGCCGGCCGGCGGUGACGAGAAGGAGAACGAGCAGCCCCGAGACGAAGCAGAGGAGACGGUGGUGUGUGCCUCAGUACCGGCCAGUCCGCCGCGGCGACCGCUGCCGGCCGGUCGGACCGGGCCCGCCGAGGAGUCUGAGCCGCCGCGGCGUGUCUCCAUCGGUCGGAGAGACAGCGAGGCGGGACGGCGCGCCUCGGGACAGGAGGACGAGGCCGCCCGGCCGGCCGGCUGGCUUAAACAGGCCGUCAGAGAGCGCCGCGAACAGCGGGAGCAGCGCGAGCAGAAACACGUGCGCCCCGCUGCGGCGCCCAAGGAGCUCCUUAUUGAGUCCGACUCGGGAUCGUCGGGUCGCUCGGCGGGGCCCUCUCGCAGCUCGCGAGUGCUCGAGAUGGCCAACACGUUCCAGAAGCUGCAAACUACCUGAGCGGACCGCCGACGGACCGUCGUGGACCUCAGUGGACCAGCUCGGACCGUCCGGCGCCGACCACAGCGCCGGCCUACCAAUCAAAUGUGGCGGCCUUCGCCGUGCCGUUGUGAAAUCCAAAGACUACGCUGUGCAGUGGCGCUGGCCGGCGGGCCGGUCGGUUUUCCAUUUAGCACGGGGUGCGUCUUCCGUGCGGUUCGCCACGUUUUUCCGUAUAUUUACGCCGCAUAAGAGGCUCGUGCGUCAGCUGGGAGGGCGCCUUCAGCAGUCAAAGCCGCGGGGCGCUGACUGGUACCGAGUGAAAGUGCUUGAUUUGAGCUGUGUGAUUCGAACGUGUGCCGAGCAUAAGAUCACCACUAUUCUUGUAUAUGUAUUUUCGGAAAUACCGCUACGCUCGCGAGCUGAGUCUAGUGCCAGGUAUUCGAAGCGCAUCUAAGCAAGAUCAUACCGUUGUGAUGAUGCUUUAGGGCCGUGAAGAGAAUCCGUGUGGAGACUGCACUAUUUUGGAGACGUGUGAGGCACGCUUUAGUCGUGUCCCGUUAGCCAGGAUGGAGCGGAUGCUUAGUUUUUGGGCAAUGUACUACGCUGUGAUCAAUAUACUAUGUAAAUAAAUUAGCACGAGGUGCC